CCAAAUCUCUCAUUCCCGGAUGUUUCUAGGUUUUCUGAUUCGAAUCUCCAAGAUUUCAUCCACGAAUAUUGCCUAUAAAUUUCUUGCCUAAUUUUCGCUGAUUAUUUAUUUUCGGUCUGUGUAACUAUUCAUCAACCGGGGUCUUCCUUAUUGCGAUCUGGGCGAUUUUUCAUAGGGAAGAAAACCAAACGAGAUUGCUCAAUAAAACUGGAUAUAUUUUCAUGAUCAUCUGUAAUUUUUGGGAACCUUAAAUGUAUCCAAGUUUUAACUUCGUCUGAAUUGAUACUUUUGACUUGAUGAGAAAGAAAAGGAAAGGAAGUGAAACUGAUGCCUCUCAAGAGGUAACUGACAAUUUUGCUUCGGCGUGGGAUUCAAGAUCAUCCAAUAUUAGGUCUCAUUUUUCAUUAGAAGAUUAUGUGAGGAUAAAAAAGAGGUGCAAGGAAGAUGUCGAUGCUCCUCCUGUUGGUUCAUUUAAAAGUAGGCUUGCUGGCAUUGCUACUGCCCCGCCUUGUGGUGCAUCAUCUUUGGUCCCUCUGGGAAGAGGUCUUAAGAGGAAGAUAGGUUGCAUUGAGGCGAUUACACGAAGUGGUGGGAAGAAAAAGAUUGAGGAGGAUUAUGUUAAAGGUGAUACAAUCGGACAGGGGAAAUUUGGGUCAGUUUGGUUGUGCAGGUCUAGAAGUAGUGGAGUAGAGUUUGCUUGUAAAACCUUGCUUAAGGGAGAGGAGACUGUUCACAAAGAGGUAGAGAUAAUGCAGCAUUUAUCUGGUCAUCCUGGGAUUGUGACUUUGCAGGCGGUGUAUGAGGAGCCCGACUGCUUUCACCUCAUAAUGGAAUUGUGCUCAGGAGGUCGUUUAAUUGACCAAAUGGCAGAAUCUCAGUUUUCAGAGCACCGUGCUGCUAAUAUUUUUAAGGAUGUGAUGUCAAUCAUUAAAUACUGUCAUGAGAUGGGAGUUGUGCAUAGAGAUAUAAAGCCAGAGAAUAUUCUCCUCACAACUUCAGGAAAGAUAAAGCUAGCAGAUUUCGGUCUUGCCAUGAGAAUUUCCAAUGGUCAGGUUUUGUCUGGUUUGGCUGGAAGUCCGGCUUAUGUUGCACCUGAGGUUCUAUUGGGAAAUUAUUCAGAGAAGGUAGAUAUAUGGAGUGCAGGCGUCCUACUACAUGUGCUUUUGGUUGGUGUUCUUCCAUUUCAAGGAGACUCCUUGAAGGCCGUAUUUGAGGCCAUCAAGAAUGUAAAGCUUGAUUUUCACUCGGUGAUAUGGGAAUCUGUAUCUAAAUUUGCACGUGAUCUGCUCUCUAGUAUGCUGACCAGGGAUGUUUCAUCAAGAAUAACUGCUGAUGAAAUAUUAAGACAUCCAUGGAUAUUGUUCCACACUGAGCGUUCAUUAAAGACAUUAUCCAUCAAAUCGAAGUCGAAAAAUCAAGUAGGAUCUUCCAUCCAAGUUUCCCAUUUGCCUGGAUCAGGGUCAAGUGUCAGUAGGAUAAAUGGCCGUUGUCACAGUCAGGGUACACAACCAGUCUUAACAUCUUACAGCUCUAGCUGCAAAUUAGAGGAACAAGAUGAAAAUGGUCUGGUGGAUGUGCUUGCUGUGGCAAUUUCCCAUGUGAGGAUAUCUGAACCGAAGAGGACCAGACUUUGCAGUCCCACAGGACCUAUAGAGCCGCAGCGUUCAUCUAAUCUGACGGUUAACAACCUCUGUAGAGCCUUCUGA